GUGCGUCAACUCCCCAGUCCCCCCCACCAUCGCUGUUCUACAGAGGAAGAAAGGGGGAGACGGGCAACCUAUACUGAACGCUUUCACACAAAUAUGAGCGGCAGCGGGCGAGCCAGGACCAGCUCAUUUGCCGAGCCUCCCGGAGCUCCCGGAUCCGCUGCAGCCGGUGCCGGAUCAGCAGUAGCCGGUGGAAGCUCGACAGGAAAAACUGGGGCUUCACAAGCCAGUGGAAGCAGCUCGACGAGCUUUGGGAAUUUGAAACUGCCCAGAGACAGCGGCAAAGUGACGACGGUGGUAGCCACGCCGGGCCAGGGCCCCGACCGCCCACAAGAAGUGUCCUACACAGACAUAAAGGUUAUAGGAAAUGGUUCCUUUGGAGUGGUGUACCAGGCUCGCCUCAUCGACAGCCAAGAGAUGGUGGCUAUUAAGAAAGUUCUCCAAGACAAGAGGUUUAAGAAUAGGGAGCUGCAAAUAAUGAGAAAACUGGACCACUGCAACAUUGUGAGGCUACGUUACUUCUUCUACUCCAGUGGAGAGAAGAAAGAUGAGGUGUAUUUGAAUCUGGUGCUGGAUUAUGUCCCUGAGACAGUGUACAGGGUGGCUCGGCACUUCAACAAGGCCAAGACCACCAUCCCCAUCAUCUAUGUUAAGGUGUACAUGUACCAGCUGUUCCGCAGUCUGGCUUAUAUCCAUUCCCAGGGCGUGUGUCACAGAGACAUCAAGCCUCAGAACCUCCUGGUGGACCCCGAGACGGCUAUCCUCAAACUGUGUGACUUUGGCAGUGCAAAGCAGUUAGUUCGGGGGGAGCCCAAUGUGUCCUAUAUCUGCUCACGGUACUAUCGUGCCCCAGAGCUCAUCUUUGGUGCCACUGACUACACGUCCAACAUCGACAUCUGGUCAGCCGGCUGUGUGCUGGCUGAGCUGCUGCUGGGCCAGCCCAUCUUCCCUGGGGACAGCGGUGUGGACCAGCUAGUAGAGAUCAUCAAGGUCCUGGGGACACCAACAAGGGAGCAGAUCAGGGAGAUGAACCCGAACUAUACAGAGUUCAAAUUCCCACAGAUCAAAGCACACCCUUGGACAAAGGUGUUUAAGCCUCGUACCCCACCAGAGGCCAUCGCCCUCUGCUCUCGGCUGUUGGAAUACACGCCGGUGACCAGGCUGUCUCCCCUGGAGGCAUGUGCGCACGCCUUCUUUGACGAGCUGCGUCAGCCCAACACCCGCCUGCCCAGCGGACGAGAACUGCCGCUCCUUUUCAACUUCAGUCCCGUUGAGCUGUCUAUCCAGCCCCAGUUGAACUCCACACUCAUUCCUCCUCACGCUCGUGCACAGACAUCGCCUGCCUCACAUGAGGGCAGUGUGUCAGACAGUUCCGCCCAGCCCAGCUCAGCACCUGGAUCCAUCAACAACAGCACCUGAGCAUCCAUCCCUCUGUCAUCUUUCUUUUUUUUUGUCAUCCCUGUUGUUCCUUUUUCUCUCCUCUGGUCUUCUCCCUUUUCAACCUUCCUCCUGGGCUCCAGACCUCUUAAGAUAGAGAUGAAAAGACUGUACACACACCCACAUAGGCACUCAGCAUUGCUAUUUUCCCUGCAUUUUAACCAUUUCCAGUAGAAAAAAGCGAUUUCUGUGGCUGCUAGCUUCAGGAAGGUUUGGGGGUUUGAUUUUAAGGACAUUACCGAAGCCACACUUGGGCUUAGUUUAAGCUGCAGGUCUAAGUUCACGGUGGCCCGUGUUUGGCCUGUUGGAGUAAAGAAACUUGACUUUGGUUGAGUUGGAUGAUUGGGAGAGGAGGAGGAGGGGUGCUACAUGUUUUCUGUAUUAUAAACUACAGUGGCUUUUAUCCCUUUUAUGUUCAUUUUAUUUGCAUUAGCUAAUUUUAUGUGUGGCCGUGGUGCCAUUAAAUGGGGUCCUAUUAUUAUUGACAAUCAUCCUUUUGUAGGGUCAAUAAACGGCACACUUGUACGGUUUGAUUGAUCGUACUGUGGAGACCUCUACUCUAGUGUUGUCAGUCCACUCUUCCUAUUGCUUAACAAAUAUAAGGAAUUAUGUUAAAUUUAUGUGGCACAUGACAGAAAUAUUGGCAUUUUUGUGUCAUUUUAGAUGAGAGCUGGUUUUAAAUUUUAUUAUUAAAGGGGGGCACCACAGCCUGUCCUUACAGUUUCUUUUUUGAUUUUUAGCUCCUGAAAACGCCUUUUUAUGUGACUGAGAGGAGCAUCCUACAAGCAGAGUCUUCAGUUCCUUCGGUAUAAGCUCAUGUUUUCUUUGGUUAAGCUGGAAACCAAGCGUUUCGUUUUAAUAAAGUGAUAUUGCACAUCUUCAAAGGGAGUAAGAGGGGAAGCAAAGGGGGGGGCUGUAAAGUGUUUUUUCCAGCUGUUAAAACAACUGUACACAAAGGGAGCCAACGGUGAGGGGCUUCACAUGUAUCUAAACACAGUAGAGUCAAUAGUCUCCUCAUAAAUUAUUUCACUCUACAGUGUUAACUCUCAUAUCAGAUUACGUUAAAGCGUGACAUCAGGUGCAGAGACGACUGGACGCUUUCACUGCUCGCCUGGCUCAUCGUCAUUUCAGCUCGUGUUCACACUUACUGUUUGAGGAGAGGAGGACCCUGAAUGAAUUUUGUGAGAUAAAUUUGUUGUCUUCGCUCUCUCCCAGACGGACCGCCUGUGACGCUCAUAUCAUGUUCUCUUCUUGUUCUGUGAUGAUGGUAGGAACUGACCUGACAGUCCACUGUCGGCAUGGACUUGUUUUCUUUCUUCGACCACGCAAAUGUGCAUGUUCAGCCCAAGUUUGACCACAACUUCCACUGAUCUCAGUAAUAAUCUGACCAGAAAUGAUGCUCAAACCCCUAAAACCCAACAGUUUAUGGAGCCUCCCCCUUCCAUUCCUUUUCCUCCUCACCCCUCAUGCCUUCAGCUUCCCUCAUUUCCUCCUCCUUUUUUUCACUGCUAAACUGUAAAUAUCAAGUACCUUUUAUUUUAUUUUGUUAUUUUUGUUAUUAUUGUUAUUAUAUUGUUGUUCUUGUAAUUUUUUUUUCUCUAGUAGACCGGCGCAGCAGCGGCCGGACUGUUUAUCCUCAGUCGCAGUCUGUAAAUACGAUUUCAUUUCAGUCCCUUGUUCAGGAGGGGAAAAACAGAACAAAAUGUUUCAUUUUUAUUCUCUCUCCCUCCAUUUCUCUCUUCACAGCUUUCCCUUUUCUCCCAUCAAUGUUGUCAUAACUGUUUUAUUUAUUGUAUUGUGUUUUCGGGAGGGGCAGGGGGAUCUUUCUUUUCCACUGGGGUGGUCAAAUCGAAGGAUACUUUUUUGUUUAAUUCCAAAUUUCAGUCCAGCAAUGUCACAUGCAAACUAUUUCACAUCCAAGAUACUGUACUCAAAUCCAGAUGAUGGUGUGUCAUCCAAUCAGUGGCUGUUGUGUGCAGACGCACAUGCUAGCCAACAGGUGGAACUCCAGGUUUCCAUUUAACUUCAAUGUGAAGGGAAUGUUACAAGCAUCUGGAUCUAUGGGGUUGUGGUGUAGGGAGGGAGCACGGAUCACCCUGUGUGUUUGUGUGUAUUCGAGUGAUUGUGUGUGCGUGUGUUUUGGAGGAAAGGGGAAAUUCUGAAUCUGUCCAUUGGUGUGUAUCAUCUCCUGUGUCCAACCGUCUCUUCUUUUCUCUUACUGUGUGUGUGUGAGUGUCGCAGGUCUCACCUGUUAGUACAGCGUGUUUGCUUCACAGAUCUUUGGGGAGUUCAUCGAGCACAGCUGCAGGGAAUGUAUGUGUGUUUGUAUGCGUGUUAGUGUGCGUGUGUGUUGACAGAAUGUGGUCAUUAUUCUCCCGACUCUCUCCUUAAAGAAGAGCUAACUAAAUGUGCUAUUUCAAUGUUUUUGUUUUUCCUUUGUCUGAUCUGUCACCGUAGGUUUUAAUUUGCUGUGACCCUGCUCUUUUAUCACCCUUGUUUGAGGGUACCAUGUCAUCGUUGGGGAACAGAACGGUUGGAUAAAGGAGAUGAUAAAGAGAGAGGGAUGGAGGGAGAGAGACAGUUUUUGUUUGUUGGUAUAAAUAAUUAAACUCAUUAAUAAAGUGAUGAAACUGU